UAUCAACCUUGCGUCGAUGUGGAUCUAAUCUCGUCUCGAUCUUUGCAGGAUGAUGCCGUCAGCGUGGAGAGCGGCACCAACGCAGAGCGCCCGGACACACCCACCAACACAGCCAAUGCCCCGGGCAGGAAGAGCUGGGGCAAGGGCAAGUGGAAGUCCAAGAAGUGCAGAUACUCUUUUAAAUGCGUCAACAGCCUGAGGGAGGACCACGGCCAGCCGCUGUUUGGAGUCCAGUUUAACUGGCACAGCAAAGAGGGAGACCCCCUGGUGUUCGCCACCGUCGGGAGUAACAGGGUAACUUUGUAUGAAUGUCACUCUCAGGGAGAAAUAAGACUCUUGCAGUCUUACGUUGAUGCAGACGCAGAGGAGAACUUCUAUACGUGUGCCUGGACCUACGACACCAACACAAGUCAUCCUCUGCUGGCUGUCGCCGGGUCCCGUGGGAUCAUUCGGGUGAUCAACCACAUCACUAUGCAGUGCAUCAAGCAUUAUGUAGGUCAUGGAAACGCCAUCAACGAGCUCAAGUUUCACCCGAGGGAUCCAAAUCUCCUCCUGUCUGUCAGCAAAGAUCACGCCCUCCGUCUGUGGAACAUACAGACCGACACCUUAGUGGCAAUAUUCGGUGGAGUGGAAGGUCAUCGAGAUGAAGUCCUUAGCGCCGAUUUUGAUCUCCUCGGUGAGAAGAUAAUGUCGUGUGGGAUGGACCACUCCCUAAAACUUUGGCGGAUCAAUUCAGAGAGGAUGCAGAAAGCCAUUAGAGGAUCUUAUGAGUACAACCCGUCAAAGACCAACAGACCCUUUGUGUCUCAGAAAAUUCACUUCCCUGACUUCUCAACACGAGACAUCCACAGAAACUACGUGGACUGUGUGCGGUGGCUGGGCGACCUCAUUCUCUCAAAGUCGUGUGAAAACGCCAUCGUGUGCUGGAAACCAGGGAAGAUGGAGGACGACAUCGAUCACAUUAAACCCAACGAGUCGAAUGUGACGAUUCUGGGACGCUUUGAUUACAGCCAGUGUGACAUCUGGUACAUGCGCUUCUCCAUGGACUUCUGGCAGAAGAUGCUGGCUUUGGGAAACCAGGUGGGGAAACUCUAUGUGUGGGACCUUGAAGUGGAAGAUCCGCACAAAGCAAAGUGCACCACGCUGACCCUCCCCAAGUGCAUGUCGGCAAUCCGGCAAACCAGCUUCAGCCGCGACAGCAGCAUCUUGAUCGCCGUGUGCGACGACGCUUCCAUCUGGCGCUGGGAUCGACAGCGCUGAGACGGAAACAGGAGAAAAAAGAGAAAUUUUGUUCCUGUUGCUUUUAACUUUCUCCCGACAUGUUGUACAGGUCGACGUCGAGAGAAAAAAGGAAAUGAACGUUUGGUCUCGGGUGUUUCUGCGUUUUUUUUUUUUUUUUUUUUUUUUUUUAAAAAAAAAAGAACCUGCUUCUCCUGCAAAGAGAUCGAUUAUGUUUCCAGAUUUCUACGACGUUUGAAGGACCAGGUUUGACGUGAGAACGAGGAACAAAUCUUCAGUGACCUAACGUGUGAAUUUUGCUCCCUAUCAUGAAUUAAUGUUCUAAUUUCAUAUAUUGGAUUUGAAGGAACAGUGAUUAUAGCGGCGGAGCUCCACCUCCUCUGUGUGCCUUCUUUUGUCGCCUGUUCGGCCGGAAAGCUGCAUUUUUUUUUGCAGUGUUCCACAUUUAACAUCGAUUAGUACACACAAAACAAAAGGAAGAUAUUUUUUGUCUUGUUUUAUUUCACUUAUUCUGAUAUUUCCUGUGUUUCCUUGUCCACACACACACACACACACACACUCUGACUGUUGUUGCAUCGUUUACAGUGUUUGUAUUAUAGUGACAUUUGAAGCUUUAUUAAGUUCAGUCAAUAAAAGUGAUUUUUGUAAAUACUCACUCCAGAGUCACUUUGUGUGGAGAUAUUCCACUUGAGUUCGGCUGAAGGUGAAAUUAAAUCCUGACGGGAGAGACGAGGGGGGAGGGGGGGGCGUAGCUUUUAUUACAGUAGCAAGCAGGCUUUUAUUUUGGAAAGUUCAACAAAAUUAAAAGCCUACUGAAGGAAGGAGUGAGUUUUUUUUUUUUUUUUACCUUUGUGGAGAUCUUGUAUUUGAAUUGACCUUAAAUAAAACGUAUUUUUCUACA